AUGCACGGCGUCGAGAUCACCCCCGAGCUCAUCCGCGAGCUGCAGCUCGACCGCGACUCCGAGCGCGACGAUCCGAACGCGCCGCCGCCCGUCAAGCUCGACGUCCUCGAGUGCCUCGGACGCACCGAGACGCCCUUGUUCGCGGCGCUGGAGCGCUGCCGCGUCGCCGCUCGGUCCGUCGGGGAACGGCCGUCCGUCGAGCUCGGCGAGGAGUGGGACGAGUUCCUCCGCGGAUGCGCCUUCUCCCUCGACGACAAGGUGGUGGUCGUGACGGGCGCCAGCCGGGGCAUCGGCGAGUCCAUCGCCGUUCGCCUGGCGCAGAGGGGCGCGAACGUCGCGCUGCUCGCCACGUCCUGGACCCCCAACUCGACCCUCCCGGGGACCAUCGGCGAAGCUUGGGAGCGGUGCCGCAAAGUUCGUAAAGAUGAAGACUGCGUCAUCGGCGUCCGGUGCGACAUCACCGACCCGGGGCAGGUGGACUUCGCGUUGAACCAGAUCGUCAAGAAGUGGGGCCGCGUCGACGUCGUGAUCAACAACGCGUCCACGCACUGGCCAAAGACCGUCGCAGAGACGGACAGGCGCCGAUACGACAAGAUGAUGAACGUCAACGUCAAGGGCGCGUUCAACGUCACCACCGCGUGCAUGCCGUGGCUGCGACUGGCGCACAACGCGCACGUCCUCACCAUCGCGCCGGCGCCGCUCCCCGACAACGCGUGGCUCGAACCCCACGCGUGUUACACAGCGUCAAAGGUGGGAAUGAGCCUACUGUCCAUCGCGCUCGAGGCGCGUUGGAGGGACGCAGGCGUUGCGUUCAACACGCUGUGGCCGAGACACGCGGUUGCGACCGCCGCGACGAGCUUCAUCGGCGGUGACAGACUGGUGAGGGCGAGUCGAACCCCGGCUAUCGUCGCCGACGCCGCGUUUCGAAUCGUCGUGUCACCGGCGAACUUUCUCUCCGGACGCGCCUUUUCCGAUCGAGACGUGCUUCGAUCGUGCGGGAUCACCGACUUUGCGCCGUACAACGUCGACCCGGACCUGUCGCACGAGCCGGUGAGCGACUUUUUCGUCGCACAG